AUGACCUAUUGCGGACCAACAAUAGAACAAUCGGCACAAGAUAACAAAAAUAUAUUGGUGAUUACAGAUUAUCUAACAAAAUUCGUGGUGGUAAAAGCAGUACCGAACAAUACUGCUCAAACUGCAGCUCAAGUAUUUGUUGAAGACUUUAUCUUUAAAUUCGGCGUUCCAAGGCGGCUUAUUACCGAUCAGGGUGUCCAUUUUAACAACGAAUUAGUGAAGGAUAUCACAUUAUUAUUUGGUGUUAAUCAUAUUCAAUCAACACCAUAUCAUCCGCAGACAAAUGGCCAAGUUGAGAGGUUUAAUGUUACAUUUAGACCACAACUGGCCAAAUUAUACAGUGAAAAUAUUAAUAAUUGGAAUGAUUAUUUAUAUCGUUUCGCUACCGUUCCUCACUGA